CUCUACCCGAGGGAACUUCGAGAGAGACCGGAAGAGUGGCUGUCAUUUAAACAUUUGGCGUGUUGGAGCAUCGAGAGAUACUGUCCCCCAACAGGUUUGACGACGGUACCUGAUCUGAGUGGAACUGUAGCCUCCCGGCCAGAUUCUUCGAUUCUCAUAUACAACAGUGGGUGUCGGAGUCUGUUGAGGGCCCGGGAAGCCGGCCCCAGAGUUCCGAUCCCAGCAAAGGCUCCUUCACGUCGGGGUUGCUGGGGACGCCUAGGUCUCUCCCCCGGGGCCAUGGCGGACUUGAAGCUGCUGGUGCCGGAGCUGAACGAGGCGGAGGCCAUGGGCGCCGAGACUGCCCGUUUCCAGGAGCUGCUGCUGCAGGCCUCCAAGGAGCUCCAGCAGGCCCAGACGAGCAGACCAGAAUCAACACAGAUCCAACCUCAACCAGGCUUCUGCGUAAAGACCAACUCAUCCGAAGGGAAGGUUUUCAUCAACAUCUGUCACUCUCCCUCCAUCCCUCCUCCGGCUGACAUGACCGAGGAUCAGCUGCUUCAAAUGCUGGAGGAGGACCAAGCCGGGUUUCACAUCCCCAUGAGUCUGGGAGAGCCUCAUGCUGAGCUCGAUGCAAAAGGCCAGGGUUGUACCGCCUACGACGUGGCUGUCAACAGCGACUUCUACCGCAGGAUGCAGAACAGCGAUUUCCUGCGCGAGCUGGUGAUCACCAUCGCCAGGGAGGGCCUGGAGGACAAAUACAGCUUGCAGCUGAAUCCAGAGUGGCGCCUGUUGAAGAACCGGCCUUUUAUGGGCUCCAUCUCCCAGCAAAAUAUCCGCUCCCGCCAGCGUCCUCCGAUCCAGGAGCUGGGGAACGUGUUUACCGCUGACUCCUUGAGGCCCGCGGAAAGCCCUGAGAAGCCUCACCUGAACCUCUGGCUGGAAGCCCCUGACCUCCUUUUGGCGGAAAUUGACCUCCCCAAGCUGGAUGGAGCUCUAGGGCUGUCGCUGGAGAUUGGGGAGAACCGCCUGGUGAUGGGGGGCCCCCAGCAGCUGUACCACCUGGAUGCCUACAUCCCCCUGCGGAUCAACUCUGAUGAGAGCAAGGCGGCCUUCCACCGGAAGAGAAGGCAAUUGAUGGUGGCGAUGCCCCUUCUGUCCGCGCCUUCUUGACCCGGCGUCGCCCUGGGCUUCCAAGUGGGGAGAAGAAGGCGAUCGCUUCUCUAAGAUUAAAAUAAAAGAGUUUGCCUUUA